CUCAUCGGCCGAGCUUCUUCGCCGCUUUUAAACACUAAAAACCCUAUAUAUAAUAAUAAUUAUUAUAUUAGUCAUUAUAUUUUCUUAAUAUUCAUUAAUAUUAUACCCCAAGUUGAUGGUUCCAACAGCGUAAAGAAACUCAAAUUCCGAGUAACGUCAAGUUUCAUCAUUGUUGUAGUUCCACAAAAGCCCUUUUUAUCGAUAACACAUACAUAUCAACAGAAUGGCAACGAGACGAGUUACUUAUCUUCUUCUGAUUGCCCUCAUCGUACACGUAUCGUACGGUCAAAAACAACACCAGGAAGAUCCUUGUCAGACAAAAUCAAGAGUAGUAGGAGAUGUUGAAUAUUGCGAUCGUUAUUGGGAAUGCGUUAACGGAAGGCCUGAAUUAUUUGACUGUCCAAAUGGUUUAGUUUUCGCUGGUAAACACAGAGGUGUUACCGAGGGUUGUGAUUAUCCUUGGAGAGCUAAUUAUUGCGAUGGUAAACGCCAAGCAAAUCCACCAAUAUCAGCUGAACACUGCGAUUGGCUUUACGGAAUAUUCGGCCAUGAGACAUCCUGUACGAGAUAUUGGACCUGUUGGAACGGAACUGCAACUGAACAAUUAUGUAUAGGUGGUCUACUUUACAACGAAAGGGCACGAUCUUGCGAUUGGCCCGAAAAUGUCGAGGGUUGUCAAAAACAUCCAUUAUGCAACGACGACGCGAAUGGCAAUGUUCCAUUAGGAAAAUCCUGCAACCGUUAUUGGCAGUGUCAAGGUGGUUACCCGCGUUUGCAAAGGUGUCCAGCAAUGUUGGUCUUUGACAGACGAUCUUUAAGAUGCGUUGUACCACCCACCGAGGAUUGUGACGUACCAACAACGCAACCAACUUUGGAUGGAGAUCUUCAAGAAGGUCGAUUGGAACAAGAACCCGAAGAAGAAAAUUUACCACCUGGUGUACCACCACUUCCGGCUGGUGCCUUACCGAUUCCUCUUAGACCCCGUCCUAGAAAUUAAUUUGCUUGCACCAAUUUCCCCCCCCCCUAAAAAAAUAAAAAAUAAAAAAAAAAGAAAGAGAAUAGUCAAGAAACGAUCAAAAACUUAAUUAUCGCAUUUCGCGCGAACACGAGACUUUUAUAAUUAUUUUGUUGAUUAUUAUCGUAUUAUUCUAACAUUAUUCAAUCCAGAAUAGGAUUUACAAAUAUUUUUGAACAAAUGACGCUCACAAAUCGUAAAAGAAGAAAAAAAAGAAGAAAAAAAAACAAUUCAGUACUCCAAAAGCAGUAUACUCCAUUUAAUUUUUUAAUUUUUGUUUCGUAAGUGUAAGAUUUAUCUUUUAUAAUUACAACAAAAUAAGCGUAAUCAUGUUAGAUGGUUAAGAUUAUUAUUUUUUGUUUGUGUUUUUCGUUUAAUUUUUUUUUUUUAUAAGACCUGUUCAUCAUCCGCUCCUUAGUCAUUUUUGGUGAAGAUGUA